AUGGAAAAUAUGUGUAAGCUUCACGGUUGGGGAGUUCGUGAUUAUCCAAGACGUGUUUAUGAUGCGGUUCUCUUCAGCAAUGAGAUGGGCAGGUUGAUAAAAGGCAUACGUUCUCACUUUGGGCAAUUAGCAAUCAUUUUUCUGUGGACUUCCGGAAAUCUGUUUCAUGUAGCUUGGCAAGGAAAUUUUGAGUCAUGGGUACAGGACCCUUUACACGUAAGACCUAUUGCUCAUGCAAUUUGGGAUCCUCAUUUUGGUCAACCUGCUGUAGAAGCUUUUACUCGGGGAGGUGCUCUUGGCCCAGUGAAUAUCGCUUAUUCUGGUGUUUAUCAUUGGUGGUAUACAAUAGGUUUACGCACUAAUGAAGAUCUUUAUACUGGAGCUCUUUUUCUAUUAUUUCUUUCUGUUAUAUCUUUACUAGGGGGUUGGUUACACCUACAACCAAAAUGGAAACCGAGCGUUUCGUGGUUCAAAAAUGCCGAAUCCCGUCUCAACCAUCACUUGUCAGGACUCUUUGGAGUAAGUUCCUUGGCUUGGACAGGACAUUUAGUUCAUGUCGCUAUUCCCGGAUCCAGAGGAGAGUACGUUCGAUGGAAUAAUUUCUUAGACGUAUUACCACAUCCUCAAGGAUUAGGUCCCCUUUUUACAGGUCAGUGGAAUCUUUAUGCCCAAAACCCCGAUUCAAGCAGUCAUUUAUUUGGUACCUCCCAAGGGGCGGGAACUGCCAUUCUAACCCUUCUUGGGGGAUUUCAUCCACAAAGGCAAAGUUUAUGGCUAACUGAUAUGGCUCAUCAUCACUUAGCUAUUGCAUUUGUUUUUCUUGUUGCGGGUCAUAUGUAUAGAACGAACUUUGGGAUUGGGCACAGUAUGAAAGAUCUUUUAGAAGCGCAUAUUCCCCCAGGGGGACGAUUGGGACGCGGACAUAAAGGUCUUUAUGACACAAUCAACAAUUCGCUUCAUUUUCAAUUAGGACUUGCCCUAGCGUCUUUAGGUGUUAUAACUUCCUUGGUAGCCCAACACAUGUACUCUUUACCUGCUUAUGCGUUCAUAGCCCAAGAUUUUACGACUCAAGCUGCGUUAUAUACACAUCACCAAUACAUCGCAGGAUUCAUUAUGACAGGAGCUUUUGCUCAUGGAGCUAUAUUUUUCAUUCGAGAUUACAAUCCGGAACAGAAUGAAGAUAAUGUAUUGGCAAGAAUGUUAGACCAUAAAGAAGCUAUUAUAUCCCAUUUAAGUUGGGCCAGUCUCUUUUUAGGGUUCCAUACCUUGGGUCUUUAUGUUCAUAAUGAUGUCAUGCUUGCUUUUGGUACUCCAGAAAAACAAAUUUUGAUCGAACCCAUAUUUGCUCAAUGGAUACAAUCUGCUCAUGGGAAAACUUCAUAUGGGUUUGAUGUACUUUUAUCCUCAACAAGUGGACCGGCAUUCAAUGCGGGUCGAAGUAUAUGGUUGCCUGGCUGGUUAAAUGCUGUUAAUGAGAAUAGUAAUUCCCUAUUAUUAACAAUAAGGCCUGGAGACUUUUUGGUUCAUCAUGCUAUUGCUCUAGGUUUACAUACAACUACAUUUAUCUUAGUAAAAGGUGCUUUAGAUGCACGCGGUUCAAAGUUAAUGCCAGAUAAAAAGGAUUUCGGUUAUAGUUUUCGUUGCGAUGGUCCAGGACGAGGCGGUACUUGUGAUAUUUCGGCUUGGGACGCAUUUUAUUUGGCGGUUUUCUGGAUGUUAAAUACCAUUGGGUGGGUUACCUUUUAUUGGCAUUGGAAACACAUCACAUUAUAGCAGGGUAAUGUUUCA